AGUACCCCGAAUAACAACCUACAUAAGCCAGAAUGCUGUCCAGUACUGAUUUCAGAAGGAUACACAGACCAGGCACGGGAUCAAAAAGGAGAGAUGGCUGCAAAUAUAUUUCAUAAGAAGGAAUUCUCUGAAGCUUAUCAAGCUGGCAUGAUUGAAGAUUCUCCAAAAAUUAAGAAUUUGGUUUUGUCAUAUUUGGAAAAAAAGAAUGAGAAGCCAUUUCAGUUGGCAGUUGAUGUUGGCUGUGGGACAGGGAGGUCCACUCAGGCUCUGGCUCCAUAUUUCCAGAAGGUGAUUGGAAUAGAUGUAAGUGAAUCCCAGUUAAAUGUGGCCAGAAAAUGUACUUCACACAACAACAUCUAUUACCAGAUUGCCCAAGCCGAAGAACUCCCACUGGAAGAUGCUUCAGUGGAUCUGAUUAAUGCGGGCCUUGCUGCCCAUUGGUUCAAUCCAGAGAAAUUUGUACAGGAAGCAGCUCGAGUUCUUAAACAUGGAGGUUGUUUGGCCUUACAUUCUUUUUCAUUGGAAUAUGAGAUUCAGUAUAAGGAAAAGUCAGAGGAACUAACUGCUGUUUUUAAUGAGGCUUGUGAAACUAUUUGGGAAUUUAAUAGGAAAGUUGUUGGUGAAAUGAAGGCUAUGUAUCCAGAAUUAUUCAGAGCCAUACCAUUUGCUGAUAAGCAGAGGAUUAGCAGCAUCUGUGAAGUAUUUCUAUUAACUGUCCCCGAAAUACUGAGUUUCCUUCAGGCAAUUUGCUUGUACAAGGAGUUCCUAGAGCAAGACAAAGAUAAGGCCACUGCAUUUCUACAAGAUUUAGAGAAAAGGUUUUUAGAUAUUUUGGGUGAAUCAGCUUGUGACGAUUCUCUAGAAUUUCAUGUACAUUAUUUCUGUAUUCUUGCCUCCAAGCCUUAAACUGCCUUCAACUGUCAAACCUGCACCAUUAGAAGACUAUAAUUACUGUAAUUAUUAACAAUAUUUUAGAAAUGUUAUUUUCAGCCUCUCUACAAAAACAUUAAAACCUCAGAUCAUAUAAGAUCAGUAAUUCCAAUAGAAACUUUGUUUUUUAUCAAAAUCUAAUGGUCUGAAAGGCAAAUUUCCUUUCUCACCGUUAUUUUGUUCAAUUUUGCAAAAAUAAAAAUGUAGACAAAAAACUUCA